CAGCUGACAAUUCAAAUUUCAAGCCCACAGAUGCAGACUAGAGAGAGAAACGAUUAUUUUUGAUCACUUUGGGAACAUUACAAUUUACCUCAGAUCACUCACAUUUAUAAGAAUCCAUCACUUCCAUCACUCAGUUCAAGAGGAAAAAAUAAGACUACCUACUUUGAAAAUAUGUCAUCACAGUUGGAGACUAUUAUAAAUGCAUACAAGACCUUAGCGAAGAUCCCGUCCGUAGUCAGCGGUAGGUUGACCAAUAAUGGGAAGAGAGUAAUAUCGAAAUGGUCCAUCAGGAACUUGGAUAAAAGCAAAACUACAAAGUACAACUUGGAAUAUUUCCUGGAUGACAAUCUGAAGGUGGUCGCUCAGAGUGCCUUUGGUACAGAUGUCAGUAAUGAAUUGCUGUCAUCAAUAUCGCCACUGGAGACAUACAGAGCUGUGAUUCGCGAGGAGAAAGAUAAGAAGGAUGCCAAAAAGCAGUACCUGGAGGUGUGGAGCAGGAACAACUUGGAGCACUCUAUAGAUCUCACCGCUUUGGAUAUUCACGGCGAUGUGUAUGCUGAUUCGGAAUUCGGCGGACUGAACUGGUCGUCCGACGAGUCGGCCGUUGUGUACGUCGCCGAGCGCAAGCUUCCCAAGUUCGAGCCGUACAUCAAGAGGAAGAACGAAGACAAAUCCAAGACUGACGGCAGCGGGGAGGCUAAGGAUGCGCCGAGGAAGGGUGAAGAAUUCCUCUACCGCCAAGAUUGGGGAGAACAGUUGGUGGGGAAGUACCUCUCGGUGAUAGUGGUCUGCGAGCUGCAGACCGAAAAGGUCACUGUGUUGGAGGGCUUGCCUGAGUCUUGGUGCCCGGGGCAGGUGCGUUUCGCCCCGGAUGGCAAGAGUGUCUUCGGCGUCGCAUGGGAGACUGAGCCCAGAAGAUUGGGCCUCAUAUUCUGCACCAACCGACCUUCUGUGAUAUUCAGCUUGACCCUCGACGGCAAUCUGACUAAAGUAUCAGCGGAUGGCUUAUCUGUGAGGUCGCCACGAUUCAAUGCGAACGGAGACUUGUUCUGGCUGCAGCGGAGCAGUGGCGGGCCCCACCACGCUUGCCAUGAGCUCAAGAGGAAAGGAGAGACUGGAAUAACAACUGUCAUUCCAAUAGUGGACUCUGAUAUGAAGAUAGGUGAAAACCAACAGUUCUACGGUCUAUACUGCCAAGCGUUACCAAGUCGCUGUUUUACCAGUGACGGUAGAAUCGUAUUCUCUACGCCACAGAAAAAUGAGAUUAGGAGUUAUAUCUCUGAUCCUGACGGUGGUAGAAUAGUGGAUAUUUCCAACCGCACGGGCUCGACGAGCUUGUUGGACGUGCGCGGGUGCCAGCUGCUGGCUGUGUGCUCAGACCUCAACACUCCGCCACAGUUGUACACGGCAAAGUUACCCGCUGCGGGUCAAGAGUCCAGAGUAGAAUGGAUAAGAAUCAGCCAACCCACCGCGGCGCCUGAAUCUGUCUCAAAAGCUAAAGUAGAAUAUUUGGAGCUCGAACACAAGGACUCUAAGGAUGACGUCAAAUCAUUCACAGCGAUAUAUUUCGCGCCAGUAUCCGAUAAGAAACUGCCUCUGAUCGUGUGGCCGCACGGAGGACCACACUCGGGGUUCGUGAACGCCUUCUCUAUUGAGGCGGCGAUGCACGCCAUGUUGGGCUUCGCAUCCCUCCAAAUCAACUACCGCGGCUCAACCGGCGCUGGUCAGGCCUCCUUACUUUCCCUCCCAAAAAAAGUGGGUGAUUUCGAUGUAAAAGACUGCAAGCUCGCCACCGACACCGCCCUAAGUCGGUACCCUUUGGACCCCAAUCGUGUGGGACUCACUGGUGGGUCCCACGGAGGGUUCCUUGUCACACAUUUGAGCGGACAAUACCCGGAGACGUAUAAAGCAGUUGUUACGAGAAACCCCGUGAUAGAUGUCGCUAGUAUGUUUAAUUCGACGGACAUUGCUGAUUGGUGCGCCGUAGAAGCGGGCUUCGAAUUCAAAGAAUCAGGUCCAGUUUCCGAAGAAGAGUUGCUAGCCAUGAGGAGAUGUUCCCCUCUCGCUCAUGUGCACAAGGUGAAGGCCCCGACUGCGCUCAUGUUGGGCUCUGGGGACAAACGGGUGCCGCACUAUCAGGGACUGGAGUAUGCUAGGAGACUGAAGGCUAAUGGGGUCGCCACUAGGGUAUACAUGUACGACGAUAACCACUCCCUGUCUUCGCCAGCAGCUGAAAUGGAUAACCUGAUCAACGGCAUGCAUUGGUUCCUGCAGCAUUUCCCCUAAACCUAUAAGAUUUACUCGUGUUAGGGUGUUUCUCAGAGCGUUACGAAUGCCGUGUCCGCGCUGUCAUUAUAAUUUGUCAAAUGUCAACAGAGACAAGAAAUAGUUUCACGAUCCGACUUUAAAGAAUGCGGUAAUGUCAAUUUUGUGAAUGAUUGAUUUCGGAAAUGAUUCCUUCCUCAUGAAAAUUGACGGAUCGUAAUGAAAGCGCGGCCGCAGCGGGCGAAACGCUCUGUGAAACACUCGUUACGUUUAAAAGCUGCGUAUUUAACGUCCCACGAGAACAGGCACCUUAUGAAGGGAAGUCGAUUAAGAAGUUUCACUUGCUGAUUUUUAGUAUAGACUAGCUGCGCCCCGGGGCUAAGCUCCCAUGGGAAUUUCGGGAUAAAAAGUACCAUUAUGUUAACACUAGGGUAACAUAGGAUAGAAUAUAAGCUGGAAUAACUCCCAGGUUAUAUUCUACCCGUGUAACAAAUUUCAUAACAAACCAUCCAGUAGAUUUCGUGUGAAAAAGUAACAGACAUACAUACAUCCUCACAAACUUUCGCAUUUAUAAUAUUAGCAGGACAAGCACGUCCCGCUCGGGUAAAACCGUAAACAAUUAUACACUUACAUCUUCCUCUUAAUUCACUAUUAAAAACCGGAAUCAAAAUCCGUUGCGUAGUGCUGAUGCUGAAGAUCUAAGCAUACAUAGCGACAGACAGACAGUGGGAAGCGACUAUGUUUUAUUCUAUGUAGUGUUUUGGAUAAUAGAUCGUAAGAGACUGACCUUUUCUUGUGGAACGUCACGUCUAAGAAUGUUGUAUCUUAUGUAAUAUAUUUUGUUAUAAAUUUGAAAUAAUGUUUUGUGUAACAUCAAACCGAUACUACGAUAAAUUGGACAUGCACAUAAAUAUAUUUUUAUGCCCAAGAACCUGUUUCGCCGCUUGCUGAUUGUGUUUCAAAAGUAUUGAAUAGGGCGAAUUGACCAAUCAUUUCCAAUAGAUUUAUCUAUCAGUUAGUUCAUCUGUCAGAUUACAAUAUCAUAUUUUACCAGAAAGUUGUAGAAACAAGCUCUAAAUGUACCCAAUACUUGUUGUCAUAAUGCGGUACCAGCCGUAUCAAAUCAAAUCAAAUCAAAUCAAAUCAUUUUUAUUUGCUUAAAUAGUGUAGGUUAAUACAAUAUCCACAUAAUGGUUUAGAACAAGCCUAUUUAGCCGUUGUCAAUAGCGUGCAAAUUUUAAUAAUGGCAUAUUCAAAAAACUAUAAAAUGACAUCAGAUUAAAUUAAGAUAAAAUGUCACUUCCAACCUACAUGUAUGUUAAUUAAUGUCAUUGCAAUCCAAAAAAUCUUUGAUUGUGUUAUUUAAUUGUCUUUUAAAAUGAUUUAAUGGCAAUUUGCGUAUGAUAUUUUGGAAUCUUGUUGAAUAUUUUUAUAACCAUAACAUAACAUUUUUUUUGAUAUAAUGUUGAGUGGGUAAUUGGAUAAUACAGUUUAGUUGGAUCUCUAGAUAAAUACCUUCUGUUCUCAUUAGCUUUCCUAAACAGUAUUGGGUGUCUUUUUGCAAAUAUUCCUGCUUCUAAUAUGUAUAAAGAUGUAAGCGUUAGUAUACUUAAUUUUUUAAACAAGGGUCUUCAUGAAUCCAAUGGAUACGCCUUACUUAUAGCACGAACGCAUUUUUUUUGUGCGAUAAAAAAUUGAUUUAUUAAUGUUGAGUUCCCCCAUAGCAGGACUCCAUCAAAGAAUCUAUAACACCUAAAGAAUAUAUUUUAGGCUACACACUGUUCGCCGAACUCGGACACAUGCCGACGCGAAUGCAUGAACUUUGCGUAGUUAGUAUGAGUGCUUUUAUUUACCGCAAUGAAAAACCAGCAAUGUAUACCGAAUCCGCGAAGUUCGGCGAACUGUUCCGCGAUAGUGUGGAGCCGGCAUAAUAAUUGUUAAUUAGUGUUCCUAUUGUAAACUUGCAUUUCUUUAUUAAGAAAUAAUUGUUCAAAUCUUGCUCAAGAAAACUGUUAGAUUCGUAAAGCAAUCAAAGUUGUUAUUAGUGUAAUGUUACAUUUUUUAUUUUGUAAUAAAGUGUUUAUAUAUAUUGGA